GGGUUAUUUGACAACAUGGCGCUCCGCCCAUUUCAUUCUUACUCAUUGGAAAAUAGAUUGUUUGUUUCUCUUGCGCAUGUCAGAGCGAGGUAUACUUCGCGACACAUUCGAAGUUCGUUCUUUCUGUGAACAGAUAUCGUGGAGGCGAGUUCGGUUAACUCGUCAAAAUGGUGAACGGUAGGAUACCAAAUGUAUGUUCCAAAACAUACGUGACACCCAGACGUCCGUAUGAAAAGGCCCGUUUGGACCAGGAAUUGAAAAUUAUCGGAAAUUAUGGUCUCCGUAAUAAGCGUGAGGUAUGGAGAGUCAAGUAUACACUCGCUAAAAUCCGUAAGGCUGCCCGUGAACUGCUUACCUUGGAAGAGAAAGAUCCUAAGAGGUUGUUUGAAGGUAAUGCACUUUUGCGUCGUCUGGUCCGUAUUGGAGUGUUGGAUGAAAAUAGGAUGAAGCUUGAUUAUGUUUUGGGUUUGAAAAUCGAUGAUUUCUUGGAGAGACGUCUGCAAACUCAGGUGUUCAAGUUGGGUUUGGCCAAAUCCAUCCAUCAUGCUAGAGUCUUGAUUAGACAGAGACACAUCCGUGUUCGCAAACAGGUCGUCAAUAUUCCUUCGUUCGUCGUGCGUUUGGAUUCCCAGAAGCACAUUGACUUCUCCCUUAAAUCGCCAUUCGGUGGUGGACGUCCAGGCCGUGUAAAGAGGAAGAACCUGCGCAAGGGAACUGGCGGCGGUGCCGUAGAGGAAGAGGAGGAUUAAACCAAGAAAGUUUUAUAUAAAUGACAAAUAAAUCUUGUUAUUUAUAAAA